AUGGCGGAGCCCUCGUCAGACAAAGUGAUCAUCAACAACCCAGCAGACAUCGCCGUCAUUGUUGGAUAUUUCAUCAUGGUUAUUAGUGUCGGCAUUUGGGCCAUGUUUCGGACCAAACGUGGGACAGUUGCAGGAUAUUUCCUGGCAGGACGCACCAUGACCUGGUGGCCGGUUGGUGCAUCUCUGUUUGCCAGCAACAUUGGUAGUGGUCACUUUGUGGGCCUGGCAGGCACUGGGGCAGCGAGUGGCAUCGCUGUGGGAGGGUUCGAGUGGAAUGCUCUGUUCAUCGUGCUGCUGCUGGGCUGGUUGUUUGUACCUGUCUACCUCACAGCUGGGGUGAUCACGAUGCCGCAGUACCUGAAGAAGAGGUUCGGAGGGACCAGGAUCAGCCUCUACCUCUCCGUUAUCUCUCUGUUCCUCUACAUUUUCACCAAGAUCUCAGUGGAUAUGUUUUCGGGGGCUGUGUUCAUCCAGCAGGCAUUAGGGUGGAACAUCUACUUAGCCGUCAUCACCCUUCUGUUAAUAACAGCCUUGUACACUGUUACAGGUGGCCUGGCUGCUCUGAUGUACACUGACACAGUUCAGACCUUUGUCAUCAUUGCCGGGGCCUUCGUCCUCACUGGCUUCUCUUUUGCUGAAGUAGGAGGCUACAGCGCUCUGCUGGCCAAAUACAGCUCUGCUAUGCCAAGUAAUUUCUCUUCAAUGGAUCCCCAGCGCUACAACAUCUCCCCCCACUGCUAUACCCCCAGACAGGACGCCUUCAGCAUGCUGAGGCACCCAACCACAGGGGACUUGCCCUGGCCUGGAGUGCUGUUUGGAAUUGCUAUAGUGGGAGGCUGGUACUGGUGUUCAGACCAGGUGAUAGUCCAGCGGUGCCUUGCAGCUCGUAGUCUGACCCAUGUGAAGGCCGGCUGCAUCAUGUGUGGCUACCUCAAACUGCUGCCAAUGUUCCUCAUGGUGUUCCCCGGCAUGAUCAGCAGGGUACUCUACCCAGAUGAGGUUGGCUGUGUUGUCCCUGAGGUGUGUGAGAGGGUGUGUGGGACUGAAGUGGGCUGCUCCAACAUCGCUUAUCCUAAACUGGUGGUGUCAAUUAUGCCAAAUGGUUUGCGAGGUCUGAUGCUGGCUGUGAUGUUGGCUGCUCUCAUGUCCUCUUUGGCCUCCAUCUUUAACAGCAGCAGCACUCUGUUCACCAUGGACAUCUGGACUCGUAUCAGACCAUGGGCCACCCAGCGCGAGCUGCUUAUUGUGGGCAGAGUCUGGGUUCUGUGCAUCGUAGCCGUCAGUAUCUGUUGGAUCCCAGUUGUGCAGGCGGCUCAGAGCGGUCAGCUGUUUGAUUACAUCCAGUCAGUCUCAAGCUAUCUGGCUCCGCCUAUCGCCUCAGUCUUCCUCCUGGCUGUGUUUGUUAAGAGGGUCAAUGAAAAGGGUGCCUUCUGGGGCCUGAUAGGCGGCCUGCUGAUGGGUCUGUGCCGGAUGUUGCCUGAGUUCUGGUUCGGUUCCGGCAGCUGUGUUUUCCCGUCUUACUGCCCUUUCUUGGUGUGUGGGAUCCAUUACCUCCACUUUGCAAUCAUACUCUUCUUCUGUACGUCAGUUCUGGUGCUGGUGGUCAGCUACUGCACCCAGCCCAUAGAAGAUCUACAUCUCCAUCGUCUGGUGUUCAGCCUGCGUCAUUCAAAAGAGGAGAGGAAGGAUUUGGACUGGGAGCAGGAAGAGAAAGGAAAAAGAGCUCGGAGAGAGGCUGAGGAGAGGAUGAGGGAGAAUAGUGAUGCAGUGGCUGAAGAGGGGAACAAGUCUUGUAUCUGUCGCAUGGUUGGUCGGUUCUGUGGUGGGGGCAGCGGCAGCGGCAGCAGCUCCCAGGCCCACGAGCAAGACACUGAGGCAUCAAAGAAGCUGCCUGACAUCAGCGAGGACCCGGUGUGGAAGUACAUUGUGGAUGUUAAUGCUCUCAUUAUGAUGGCUGUAGCAGUUUUUUUGUGGGGUUACUACGCUUAGCAGUCAUAUUAAUUCUAGUCGAAAGUGCAUGUGAGUUGGAAUCUUGAUGUGAUUAAGUUUAAUCACUUUGUUGGUAUGAUUCGGUUAGUCACUCUUCAGAGAAUAAAUAAAACAAUGUCGCCACCUGUUGGUAAGUACUUGUCACUGCAAAUCAUAGAGAUGUCACAAUUACAAAAAAAGGUACAAAUUAGGCAGCCAUGCAAGUAUACAGUAUACUACCAACAGUCUCACUUCUCUGUAGAGCACAAUGGGUUGUGAUCAUUCACUGCAUUUCUCCAACAGUGUGUGUAAUGCAGUCUAAAAAUGUUUUAUGAGGUUAGAAUGCCAUUACUGUAUACUCUUACAUGUUGAUUCAAUCACAAGUCAAUCACUGAGAUAAGAGGUGCGAGAAGAAAAAAGUAUUAUGUGGACGCCAGGUAAAAUGUAUAUUCAAUAAAGUAUCAAGUAGCCCGAAGAUGUGUUUU